AAAAAUCUACCCUUUUCCAGAUGCAGUAGGAGAACUUGGAAUUUCUUUUCUUCAGGCCCGAGUGGAUCUUCCCGCUGCUCUCACCUCGUUGCCGCGUAAUCUUCCAGUAGUUAGGGUUAGGGUUUCCAAAGUUGAGAAAGUUCUACUGCUGCGCAACAAAAAGAGAAAACUUCUCAAAAAAGAAGCCUUUUUUCUUACUCCGGCGUCGGCGGCGGCGUCGUCGUCGUCAAUAUCGGCAUGGACGGCAGCGGGAACUCGCUGGCGUCUGGGCCGGACGCGACGAAGCGCAAGGUAUGCUACUUCUAUGACUCUGAGGUGGGGAAUUACUACUACGGACAAGGUCACCCGAUGAAACCGCAUCGGAUCCGUAUGACCCACGCGUUGCUUGCGCACUACGGUCUUUUACAGCACAUGCAGGUCUACAAGCCGAAUCCAGCUCGGGAACGCGACCUCUGUCGCUUUCACGCCGACGACUAUGUUUCCUUCCUCCGGUCCAUCACGCCGGAGACGCAGCAGGAUCAAAUUCGAGCUCUUAAGCGGUUCAAUGUUGGCGAGGACUGUCCUGUUUUUGAUGGUCUGUACAGCUUCUGUCAGACUUAUGCAGGAGGUUCGGUUGGGGGUGCUGUGAAACUCAACCAUGGGCAUGAUAUUGCCGUCAAUUGGGCGGGCGGUCUUCACCAUGCCAAGAAAUGUGAGGCGUCGGGGUUUUGCUACGUGAAUGAUAUUGUACUAGCCAUUCUUGAGCUCCUAAAAAAGCACGAGCGUGUUCUGUAUGUGGACAUUGAUAUCCAUCAUGGAGAUGGUGUUGAGGAGGCCUUCUAUACAACUGACAGGGUAAUGACAGUUUCAUUUCAUAAAUUUGGGGACUAUUUUCCUGGAACAGGAGAUGUGCGUGACAUUGGGUAUGGGAAAGGGAAGUACUAUUCUCUUAAUGUUCCACUUGAUGAUGGAAUUGAUGAUGAGAGUUAUCACUCAUUAUUCAAACCCAUCAUGGGAAAAGUGAUGGAAGUGUUUAGGCCUGGUGCUGUAGUUCUUCAGUGCGGCGCUGACUCCUUAUCUGGAGAUAGGCUCGGCUGCUUUAACCUUUCCAUAAAAGGGCACGCGGAAUGUGUUAGAUAUAUGAGAUCCUUUAAUGUGCCCAUUUUAUUACUUGGUGGUGGCGGAUACACAAUUAGGAAUGUUGCUCGCUGUUGGUGCUAUGAGACAGGAGUUGCUCUUGGUAUUGAAGUUGAUGACAAGAUGCCUGUACAUGAAUAUUAUGAAUAUUUUGGUCCAGAUUACACUCUUCAUGUUGCACCAAGUAACAUGGAGAACAAAAAUUCCAGGCAAAUGCUAGAAGAUAUACGAUCAAAACUUCUAGAUAAUCUUUCUAGACUCCGGCAUGCUCCCAGCGUCCCGUUUCAAGAACGUCCUCCAGAUACAGAGUUUCCUGAGCCAGAUGAAUAUCAGGACGAUCCAGAUGAAAGGAAUGAUCCAGACUCUUAUAUGGACAUGGAUGAUAUGAGGCAUCUAGAUGAAUUACCUCGAAAAUUUGUUUCAAACAAUAUCCAGAGUGUCAAAAUUAAAAGGGAAAAUUUUGAAAAUGAAUUGAAUGAUCAGGAUGCUCUUAGAGUUGCCUCAGAACUUGUCAAAGGUGCGGAGCCUAUGGCUGAGGAUCUGCCAUUGCUGAAGGCAUCUGAGAAAGCUACAAUGGCAGUUGAUCUUGAGCCAACAAACAUGAAGAUGGAGCUUGAGAACCAGUUUGUUCCUGCUUUGAUGUAUUCAAAGCCUUAGUUUACUUCAAAUGUUUAUAUUAUUCAUGCCUUGAGUGUAUUUGUAUAUUUGACUACAAAUUAGUUAUAUCCAUUUGAUUGAGAGACAUUCUGAAGGAAAGAGAAUAUGUACUGGCUAGCAUAUCUGAUGUAGAAAUAUUUAGAUUUUUUUA